UCUAAAUUUUCUGAAUCCGCCGGUUCCUGUAACACAAAGUGAUUCUUUUCUAAUGAUUUUUAAAAGAUGUCAUACCACUCUUUUACUAAUUACCGUAAAAGUAAACGUGACUAGCAAAAAUAGAUUUCUCCACUGUUGAUGCAACAGAUAAAGUUAAACGACUUGUUUCGUGUUCAGCGUGUUAUCGACUGGGGACACCUCACCCUGAUUCGCACCGGUUUAUAACGUCAUCGGAGAUCGUUUAAAGGAGGGAAAAGAAGAUCAAAGAAUGAACAAUGAAUGCAUGAAAACAAGUUAGGAUCGUGAAAGGAAGCAUUUAGUUUUUUUAUUUGGAGUCGCUGUAUCACACUGCAGCAGCUGCUCCCCGCAUGCGAAGUGGGUCCCCAUCUGUCAGUCGUAUAUUCAAAGUUUCCGUGAACCAGAGUCGCAGGUGACGGUUUACAUAAAAAAAGACUUUGAAGCUUUCCCAAACUCACCCAACUGUCGAUCAUUUGGCUCGUUCAAAUCCGGUUGUUGAUUCUAGACUUUUCAGGAGAGAUCUUCGGUGACGUCAUAACCAUAAACUAACAACGAAAAUCUCCUUAGCAUCCAGUCAGAACACUCGUCAUUGUACAACUAGUUAUAAAUUGAAUUUUAUAUCAAUUUAACUUUCUUCUUAUUUUAUUUUUCAGCUAGGUAUCAAAGAACUACGAGAGAGCAAGAGAGAGCAGAAUCUGACGGAGCCGCAGGCAAGAAUGGUAAACAGAGUUUAAAGUGUUGACCCUCUGAGCUAAACAGAGAAGUAAGUUCAUCCGCCAAGAAGAUGUGGUUUUCUUUCGGGGGUCGCAGAGUUCUACAACUAUGUUUUUUGGUUCUGUAUAUUUUUACAGUAAAUUCUUUAAAAAAUGGAGCAAACAAUAUAUCUGUGAAGGUAAGCGACGAUGACGAACAACGCUUGCUCAACUAUUUGUUUACAGACCACAACCCUCGACUGCGCCCUGUCAUGAAGAAAUCGCAAGUGGUUACAGUCACGUUUGGAAUUUCUCUUCACCAAAUCAUUGACGUGGAUGAAAAGAACCAACUUUUGCAGACCAGCAUAUGGGUUAGACAGGUCUGGAAAAAUCCUUUCCUUGUUUGGAAUGAAUCAGACUUUGGAGGAAUAAAAUCCAUCAAUGUUGAGCCAUCAAUGGUCUGGAUCCCGGAUGUUUACUUAUACAAUAAUGCUGACCAUGAACGCGAGGGAGGAAUGGAUCAAUUCAAAACGCAAAUAGUCGUCGACUCGUCUGGCACCAACAAGUGGCUCGCACCAGUCAUCCUGUACAGCUCUUGUAAGAUGGAUGUCAAGUAUUUUCCUUUUGAUACUCAGGUUUGCAAUUUAAAGUUUGGUUCCUGGACAUACGAUGGUUUUCGUGUCGACAUAUUGCCAGAGGCACCAUUUGCAGACACGAAAAAGUUUGUCAGUAACGGCGAAUGGCAGCUCAUCGGAUUUCCAGCCAAGAGAAACGUGAUCUCCUAUGUGUGCUGCCCAGAACCUUACCCUGAUGUGACAUUUACUCUACAAAUACAACGACUGGCACUGUUUUACUACAUAAACUUGAUCAUACCAUGCCUUCUAAUCACAGUUUUGACCGUGACAGCAUUUUACCUGCCUCCAGAGUCCGGUGAACGCAUCACAUUGGUAAUAACUAACCUACUGGCCAUGACCGUAUUCAUGCUUCUUGUAGCAGACAUCAUGCCAUCAACCUCUGAAGUCAUCCCAGUCAUAUCCAUUUACUUUAGCGGUACCCUUUUCGAGGUUUCACUGGCUCUGCUCGUCACAUGCUUCAUACUCAAAUGUCACUUUCACGACCCUGCUACGUCUGAUAUGCCCUUGUGGAUCCGUAUUGUUGUCCUCAAAUGGAUGGCACAGUUUUUGCGAUUCGAAAUGCCUAAAAAACGUAAACGGUUCGCCGUUGAUCAACACGAACACGAUCAUGCUGCUGACUUACUGAGGAACAAAACAAGGAAGGAAAGUCUCGACAAUAAACCUAAUAUUACGCAAGAACCGUCUUCGCUCGAUGCCUUAAGCUUCGUCCCUCGCAAAGGUGUUCACUCCCUCGUUAAAAAACUUUCUCGUUCAAACCUUGUGAAUGGCAAUUACAAAUCGGGCCCGAAGUUUCCACAUCAUGAGGACAUGGGAUCCCUCCCAAGACUGACCGUCUCUGAAGUGGAGGACUGGCACAUAGCAUCCAGUCACGCAAGUUUGUCAAGUAAUGAGGAUGAUGAUCAGCGACACAACGACGAGGCAGGCGCAGGUGAUGGGGUCAGCGGUCACACAUUUGAUCAAAGGUGCAUGGCGGAGUUAUUGAAAACACAGGAAAAGAUAUUGGAGCAUGUUCAAAUGCUGUGCAACGUUGUGACCGAAAACGAACAGUUGCAAGAGAAAAAGGACGAGUGGAGUUUGGUGGCCGCCAUCUUUGACAGAGCUUUUCGAAUAGGAUUUUUAAUCAUGUUUUUCUUGUUGAGUAUGACGAUAUUUUAUUUCUCCAUGGGUUAAACAUACUGCUACUGUGGAAUUUCACGCUUAGUAGAGGUCCAGACAUAAGUCUAGGAAAAAUUGCGAACAUUAUGGCAAUAGAAAGCCAAUCCGAUAUGCUACCUAUCUAGCCAAUCCGAUAUGCUCCUACCUAACAUAGUUUGGCCAUGUAUUUUGUACGGGACAGUUUUGUCUGUCCGCAGUCUCCUUCUCGCGACAACAACGGGAUAUUCUGGAUUUUGCCUAUUGUCCGUUGUCACGCGUUUUGCAUGUGACAUUGGCCAAUUCGCAAACAUUUGAAUUUGAGUUUCAUGUGAGGUCAUAACCAUGUGCAAUUAGUAGACGAUCGGUCAACCAGCCUGGUUCUUUACUUCUUGCUGCUACACUGUGCUGACGAGACCCAACCAGGUAGAAACAGCUGUCCACAGUUGCAAUUCUUGGCUUUCUGUUUGGA